AUGUCGUCACACCCUGUACGGUUGCUCCACAUCGCAAUAUUCUGCUCACUUUUGGCGUCUUCCCUACGGCCUGUCUACGGAUUAGCUGACACUAUCGCACACAACCCGUCUUCCGUGGAAGGCAAGGUUGGAACGCUGUCGAGUUCUAUCUUCGGUGAAGACUAUCUUCGUGAGGUCGAGUCGUUGCUGCGCGACACUUAUGGUGAGCGUGAGGUCGAGUUCUUUCGUCGCAUGAUCUCUGACUUCGAUCGUCGCCAUGUGGACGAUGAAGCGUUGUUCCUCGACGACGCUGCGCUGGAGUCCCACGUGUCGGGCGACAUCGGAGAGCACUUCCCGCACGAAUACGCCGAGAAUGACAGCAGCGCGACGGAUUAUGAUCGGCGGAAGGCACGUGCGCUUGUAGUGCUGAUAAAGGAGCAAUUCCGUGCUCUUGACGAGGUGCACAGCACCUACGUGAAGCCGCAUUUGACCCGUUUUAGCCAGAUUCGCGAGCUGUCGAAGCAGGAGUCGAUCUACACUGACACCCCGUGUUCCACGCAAGCCGGCUGCGACCGCCUGGAGAUGCUGGUAAACUUGUGCAGCGCUAUACGUGGCGGUUCGCACCUCGCGUACGAGAUAUUCGUGAUUAUGGUGCACGUGCUGGCUACCAUGAUGGCGGUGCUGUGCGGGUGCCUGUUCACGGGCCCCGUGCGGAUCUGCUUUCUGCAGAACUUCCCGUACACGUGCCGCAUCCCGUACCCCGUUUUCAGCGGCCUGUUCCAAGCCACCACAUCUGUGUGGCAGGUGGUGAAGGUCGUUACUAACAUCUGCCGUAUUUACGGCGACCCUGGGUUCGGAUCGAUUUUCGCUUAG